GUCUCUAGUAUGAAUGAAUGACAUGUGAGCCGUUUUUGUAAAAAAAAAAAAAGUGCUCAGGUGUCUCUGUAUAGCUCUUUUUUAAUGGACUGUUUUAGGGGUGUGUCCAAAAUGACCGGAUUCCAGCUUUGCUCAUGAAUAUUCAUACAUGCAAACAGAUGCAAAUAUCUCUCCUCUGAUUGGCUAGGAGCACUGCGACGCCCCUCCGCCGCUCUGCCGCUCACUGCCUCCCACCUCCUAACUGAUGAGCGGUGAUGUUGCGUCGCUUCAGCUCCGCCUCUGGGAGUUUCUCGAGCCAAGGUGGGCUGGUAUGUGAGUUUCUGCCUACGUAGGCAGAAAGAUCAUUCAAAAUUCACCCGUUUUUCGGAGGGGGGGAGGGGGGAUUUCUUGGCUUAACUCCUGCAGACAAUGGGGGCUGCAGAACAGUUUAAUGUGCAGGUGUACACAUUCAACUCGGAGAGACCUACUGUAUUCCACAAAAAACAAGAAAAAUCGGAUUUUCGCGGAAGCUCUUUGUGUAGCGCUGGGAGGAUGUGACGUUUUCUACAAGCAAGAAGGAGAGGAGGUGAUUAUGCACUGUGGAGACGCAGACCUAGACCAAGGUUUCAAGUGGAAACACAAUGAGGCCCUCCUCGUAGGAGUUUCCAAAUCUGGAGUACCCUCCAAAGGAACAUCUGAUCUAGCUCAGAGGGCAAAGCUUAACAAAGGCAUGCUGAAGAUUCCCUCAGUGAAGACCAUAGACGCUGGUGUCUACAAAUGUACUGGAAAUGACAGGAAGACUAUACAGGAGCACAGACUUCAAAUCGUAACAGUCUCUGUAAGCCCUUCAGACACAGUGCUGUCCUCCACUGAAGUGACCCUGAGGUGUGACGUCUCUGAUCCCUCAUCAGUACAGUUUCAGUGGAUGAAGCCUCCUGGUGCUGAAUCUUACGGAAGUCCUGGUGAAAAUGUCCUGACUCUGAAGUCCGUGACCUCGGCUGAUGAUGGCAUGUGGACCUGCAAUAUCACAGAAAAUGAGAAAGUGGUGAAGACGAUAGUCGUGCGUCUCUCUGUUGCAGGUCCUCUAAAAUCUCAGGAGGAGGUUACGGCUCCUCCAGGGGGUGCUGUGGAGCUACCGUGUUUCCUCCCCAGUCCUAUCCCACUGACUAUUGUGGAAGGAGGGUGGAAGCGUGACCCUCACACUGACCUCAAGUUCCCAACCUUAAACCGAGACGACGGUGGUCUACGCUGGAAUGGAACCCAGUCUAGGGUUGAAUUCAGUAGCGAAACUCUGAGCACCGACUUCAGUGUGAAGCUGAAUGAUGUGCAGCCGUCCGAUGCUGGUGUGUAUGUCUGCACUCUGAAGUUUAAAGAUGGACAGAGGCUGAAUGCUACACUGAAUUUGAAGGUUGUUACUGGCGCUCCUGUUCCUCCUCCGGACCGUCCUGUGGUUACAGCUCCUCUAGGGGGCGCUGCAGAUCUACCAUGUGUGCACUCUGGCUCCGGCAACCUGCGGGUGGUGGGGGGGAAGUGGUUACGCAAGCCCCCCACUGACACCCCGCUCUUAACCUUGACGACCGCAGGAGACGGCCGACACUGGAACACUACAGAUGCCUUAAAAUACAAGGUUGAAUUCAGUGACCAGCAGCCCAGUUCCAGCUUCACACUGUCUCUGAACAAAGUAGAGCCAGCUGAUGCCGGUGUGUACGUCUGCUCUCUUACGUUUAAUGAUGGGAGUGACUGGAGCAGUGAAGUGGAGCUGAAGGUUGAGGAAGAGGAGGCUAAGGUUUCUAAAGGUGUACGACCACCGCCCGAGACGGGAGGAUUCUGGGAAAAGCCGUUGUUUCUGGGACUGGCCUUGUGGAUCUGGGUUGCAGUAGCAGCAGGAUCUCUCCUUCUGGUUGUGCUGGUCAUGGUCACUGUGCUGGUUCAGUGCCGGACUAAACGAAAGAGGAGAAGAGCAGAGAAAAAUAAAGUCCAUAUGCCAUCCUCUAGAGAAUUAGUGGCGAUGCAGACUGAGUGUCCAGCACAAAAGACAGGAAGACAGCCUCGUUCAGGAAUGAAAGACAGGCCACUUCCUCCAGUUCCCAAACACCAAUACAAACAGAUAAUAUGAGCCGGCAUAAUAGUGAAGAAUGGAGUUUCAGAGAUGUCAGAAAAAAUGAUGAUUUAUAAAUGUAUAUAUUUUU